UUAAACAACACGUUACUUGGUUGCAGCCGCAUAUACUAUCAUCAACCUUUCUAUAUUUCGCUCUUUUUACUCGAUAGCGUUAGCUUCGGCCAAAGCUCCGCGAAUUUCUUGAUCAGUGAUCACCAAUUCAAACUCACAUUCCCCGGUUUGAAAGGUUAAGGCAAGAUGGGGAGCGAGGAGGACCCUGUGAAGAAGACUCAGCUGGUGGAUGCCCGCGCUAGAAAUAUCAGUCACAAUGUGAGGUGUACUGAGUGUGGGAGUCAGUCCAUUGAAGACUCACAAGCUGAUAUUGCCAUUCUUCUCAGAAAGUUAAUUCGUGAUGAGAUUCAUGCCGGAAAGAGUGACAAGGAGAUCUACAAGAAGCUUGAGGACGAUUUUGGGGAGACAGUACUUUAUGCCCCAAAGUUUGAUCUGCAGACUGCAGGCUUAUGGCUUUCACCACUUGUUGUUGCUGGUGCUGCUGCAGGUAUUUGGGCUUAUAAGAAGCACAGACAAAGGACUAACGUCCACGUCAUGGCUUUGAACCUUAUUAGAGGUGUUCCACUGACCCCAAAUGAGAAGCAAACCAUGUUAGACCUCCUCACACCACCACCUUCACGAGGAAAUAUACCUUCGUCAUGGUGGAGAAGGUGGAGAGAACAAUGAUGACUAGUCUUCAAUAGACUUUGCCGAUAUUAUUCUGAACUAUGGGUGAGCAUACCCGUUUUUAUUAGAUUUACUUUAAUGAAUACACCUUGAACUAUGGGUGAGCUGUUCACCAAGAUGUAAAUCAACUUCUGUUAUGGAUUAUAUUAGUCGACCAAACUCUCAUAACAAAGUUAUUUGGUCGUGCAAACUCUCUGCCAUGAGAAUGUUAAUUGUUUUCUCGACUUCGUACUAUAGCUAGACAAGUAACAUGUA